AGAAAGAGAGAGAGAGAGGAACCAUCGUCUCAGCAGACAUCCUCACAAUUCACGCUGGUUACAUAUCUGCGGCUUCACCCUACUGAUGAGUUUAGCCAAUAGAUCCCAUGGAAAAUGCGGUCGUUGUCAGAGGAGCACAGUAACUUGUAUGGACGAGUUCAACCAUUCCCAGCCUGUGGUCCGCUAGGGUAAUACAGGAAACCCCAUGUAUGCAGCUGGUUGUCCCCUGAUAUAAUGGCCUUUUGGAGAAGAAAUAUUUACUUUGAGGAAGAACGUCACGUAAAAGCCAAUGAUCGGGACUACAAUGAGAAGUUUUCAUACACUGACAAUCAUAUCAAAACCUCAAAGUACAACAUAUUCACCUUCCUGCCAAUCAAUUUGUUUGAGCAGUUUCAGAGGGUUGCAAAUGCGUACUUCUUUGUGCUGUUGAUAUUACAGUUGAUUCCAGAUAUCUCCUCUCUCUCCUGGUUCACCACCAUCGUGCCUUUGGUCUUAGUAUUGGUCAUCACAGCAGUGAAAGAUGCCUCCGAUGACUAUUUCCGCCAUAAGAAUGAUCAACAGGUCAACAACCGCCAGUCCCAGGUGCUCAUCAAGGGCAGUUUGCAGAAGGAAAAAUGGAUGAAUGUGCGUGUUGGAGAUAUCAUCAAGAUGGAAAAUAACCAGUUUGUAGCUGCAGACAUAUUGCUGCUCUCCAGUUGUGAGCCCUAUGGAUUGUGCUAUAUUGAGACAGCAGAACUAGAUGGAGAAACAAAUCUGAAGGUUCGGCAGGCUUUGACGGCAACCUCAGACCUGGGAGAAGACAUCUCAAAGCUGGCUGAUUUUGAUGGGGAAGUAAUAUGCGAACCUCCAAAUAACAAACUGGACAAGUUUACAGGAACGCUGUGCUGGAGAGAUAACAAGUAUCCACUGGAUAAUGAUAAGAUGCUUCUCAGAGGAUGUGUCCUCAGAAACACAGAGUGGUGCUUCGGACUGGUCAUCUUUGCUGGACUGCAAACUAAGCUGAUGCAGAACUGUGGGAGGACUACAUUCAAAAGGACCAGUAUUGAUAAGCUGAUGAACACCUUAGUUUUAUGGAUAUUUGGCUUUCUCAUUUGCAUGGGGGUCGUUUUGGCAAUCGGAAACACCAUCUGGGAACAGAGGGUUGGCAGAAGUUUCCGGGUGUAUUUGCUCUGGGAUCAGCCCCUGAACAACGUUGUGUUCUCUGGCUUCCUCACCUUCUGGUCUUAUGUAAUCAUCCUGAACACAGUGGUACCCAUCUCACUCUAUGUCAGUGUUGAGGUUCUUCGACUGGGUCACAGCUACUUCAUUAACUGGGACAGGAAGAUGUACUAUCCCCAAAAUGACACUCCGGCAGAGGCCCGCACCACCACCCUGAACGAGGAGCUGGGUCAGGUGGAGUUCAUCUUCUCAGAUAAGACAGGAACUCUCACCCAGAACAUCAUGGUCUUCAACAAGUGUUCCAUCAAUGGGAAGACCUAUGGUGACGUUUACGAUGAAUUUGGCCAGAGAGUAGAAAUAACCGAGAAGACCGCCUGUGUGGAUUUCUCCUUCAACCCACUCAGUGACAAGAGAUUCAGGUUCCAUGACCGCAGCCUGGUGGAGGCUAUAAAACUAGAAGAGCCUGCUGUGCAGGAGUUCUUCAGGCUGCUGGCCUUGUGUCACACAGUCAUGCCAGAGGAGAGGACUGAAGGGAACCUGGUGUACCAGGCCCAGUCACCUGACGAAGGAGCCCUGGUCACGGCUGCACGCAACUUUGGGUUUGUCUUCCGAUCCAGAACGCCAGAGACCAUUACUCUAUAUGAAAUGGGCAAGGCCUACACCUACCAGCUUCUGGCUAUACUGGACUUCAACAACGUGCGCAAGAGAAUGAGUGUCAUUGUGAGGAACACACAGGGACACAUCAAGCUGUACACUAAAGGAGCUGACACCAUCAUUUUUGACCGACUGGACUCUUCAAAUGAAGAUUUAAUGUAUACUACCUCAGAGCAUCUAAACGAGUUUGCUGGAGAAGGGUUAAGAACACUGGCUCUGGCCUACAAAGAUUUGGAUGAAGAUUAUUUUGAAGAGUGGAUUAAGAAACUCCACAGUGCCAGGACUGUGAUAGAGAACCAGGAGGAUCUCCUCAAUGGGCUCUAUGAGGAGAUUGAACAAGGCCUAAUGCUCUUAGGUGCUACAGCAGUAGAGGACAAACUUCAGGACGGAGUACCUGAAACCAUUGCCUGUUUAAGCCUGGCUAACAUUAAGAUAUGGGUCCUCACUGGGGACAAACUAGAAACUGCAAUGAACAUCGGCUACUCCUGCAACAUGCUGCGCGAUGACAUGAACGAGGUCUUCAUCAUCUCAGGUGACACGCUGUUGGAGGUUCAGCAGCAACUCAGAAGUGCCAAGGAACACAUCCUUGGGCUGAGCAGAGUCAGCAACGGAUUUGAUGUUGAGAAGACAGAUGCGUGUUUUGAUGACUCAGUGUUUGAGGAAACCAUUAUUGCAGAAUACGCCUUAAUUUUCAAUGGACACAGUCUGGCCCAGGCUCUCCAACCUCAGCUGGACCAGCUGCUGCUGGACACAGCCUGCAUGUGUAAAACGGUCAUCUGCUGCAGGGUCACGCCCAUGCAGAAGGCCCAGGUGGUGGAGCUGGUGAAGAGGUCCAAGAGGGCCGUUACCCUGGCGAUAGGAGACGGAGCCAAUGAUGUCAGCAUGAUCAAGAGUGCUCACAUUGGAGUUGGCAUAAGUGGACAGGAGGGCAUGCAGGCCGUUCUGGCGUCUGACUACUCUUUUGCCCAGUUCCGCUUCCUGCAGCGCCUCCUACUGGUGCACGGACGAUGGUCCUACUUUCGUAUGUGCAACUUCCUGUGUUAUUUCUUUUACAAGAACUUUGCCUUCACGUUGGUGCAUUUCUGGUUUGGGUUCUUCUGUGGUUUUUCAGCACAGACUAUUUAUGACCAGUGGUUUAUUACCCUCUUCAAUAUAGUCUAUACAUCCCUGCCAGUCCUUGCUGUGGGCAUAUUUGAUCAGGACGUCAAUGAGCAGAACAGUCGCAGAUACCCAAGUUUAUACAGGCCUGGACAGCUCAACCUCCUGUUCAACAAGAGGGAGUUUUUUCUCUGCACUUUGCAAGGGAUGUGCACCUCUUUCGUGCUCUUUUUCAUCCCCUACGGAGCUUUCUCCAUCUCAGUGGGGGACGACGGGUCACGCAUCUCUGACCAGCAGGCAUUUGCUGUCACCAUAGCGACAUCCUUAGUCAUUGUGGUUAGUGUCCAGAUUGGACUGAUCACAAACUACUGGACUGCUGUGAACCACUUCUUUGUGUGGGGUAGCCUGGCAGUCUACUUUGCCAUAUUAUUUGCUUUGCACAGUGAUGGCAUUUUUGGCAUUUUUCCUAACCAGUUCUCUUUUAUUGGAGCUGCCAGGAACUGUCUUAGUCAGAAGAAUGUGUGGUUGGUCAUUCUUCUCACCACUGUGGUGUGCGUCAUGCCGGGUUUGGCUGUUCGCUUCCUAAGGGCUGACCUUCAUCCCACACACACUGAAAAGGUACGCCUCCUGCAGCAGGCCAGCAGGAAGCAGGCACCGCAGCAGCAGAACCUGCGACGUGUACGCAGGACCAGCUCCCGACGCUCAGCCUACGCCUUCGCUCAUCAGCAAGGGUACGGAGAGCUGAUCACCUCAGGGAAGAACAUGAGGGUGACCCCUGCCCCCUCCUCUCCAUCCGCCGGGGGGGUCCAGGACAGCCCCAGGGGCCUCAGUACCGGGUUGAGGAAGAAUGACAUAACAAGUGUCUCUGAUGAAGGCACUGGGGGUUCAGAGAGUAGGUGUUUGAGCGCAGACCACGGUCUGCACAAGCAGCACACUGAGGAAGGUCUCUCUGGGUGAUUAUCACCGCACACAAACAUCACCAGCACAUUCUGAAGGAAUCAGCGCAGGGAUGCAUGAUGUAUGUCCUUAGAUUUUCCACACUCUAUAACACUAAAUGACAAACAUGGACCUCAUGUUAUAGAUGUGUUCAGGAGCAAUCUGUGGAGUCCCAGUGGAUUCGGGUCAACGACCAUGUGAUGGAGACUUAAAUGGACUGCAUACUCAAUGUGAUGAAUUAUGUACUGAACUGUAUGUCUGUCUAAAAUGUAAUGAUUUACAUUCUGUAUAUACAAAAACUGAAUAAUUGGUAGAAUAUGUAUUGAACACAUCCAUAUGUUUGACAACAUUUUGCUAUUGACAGUGAAUGAAACAAAGUUGACAAAGUUGACAAAGUUGACUAACUUUUUAUAUAAAAUUAUUCUCAAUGCACAGAGCUUUCAUUUGAUAUGGAUACCUCAACCAAGAUCAGAUUCAGGAAGCAGAAAAUGAAAGACGCUCAGUCUACGAACAAAAGAAGAACAGUGAAUGGAGACUAGCUGUUCCUUUUGCAGCUCUUUCUAUUUAGGAGUUAAAAAAAAAAAAAAAAAAAAAAACUGUCUUU